AUGGCUUCUCAAUCAAUUAUCAAUAAUAUCAUCUCUACACCAUUAUCGUCAUCAAUACCAAAAGACAACAAUAUUGGUUAUUCAAACAAUUAUUUCCUAUAUGUUGAUAAAUUAAUGGAUACUGAAAAUACAAAUGAUGAACAAAAUCAAUCAAUAUCAAAAGGAACAAUUCAAACAAAAUUACGUAUGAAAGAACGUAGUCGUUCACAAACAACACCAACAAAUACUGAUAUAAAUGAUCCAGAAAAUUUAGAUUAUGAAGAUAUUGAUGAUAAUCAUCAAGUUAAGCAAAUUCAUAAUUCGGUGAAGAAAAUAAAUGAUGAAGAAAAAUCAUCAGUUGAUAUUCAAGAUGAAGAAGAAGAUAAGACAUUAAAUAAUCAACAGAAGAUAAAUAAUGGUUCAUCAAAUAAUCAAGCAGCAGCAAGUGAUGAAGGAGAAGUGGAUGAAGCUGAUUUAGAAGAUGGAGAGAUUCAUGAUCCAAGUACAACAAAAAAUGAUAAUGCAUCAUCUGAUGAACAAUCAUUAGAUCAAAAUCGUAAUCAAACAAAUACUGGUGUACCAUCAUCACCUCAAGCUAAAGUACAUUAUCUAAAUAAUGCACCUGUUGUUGAUGGUAUAUCAUCAUUAAAUAAUGAUAUUUCACCACCAUCAUCAGCUAGUAUUUCUACACCACAACCAACGAAUAAUUCAUGGAUCUCACCACAAGCAACAACUAUUGCACCUACAUUUUUCCCAAAUCCAAUUCUUCGUGGUCAAGCUCCACCAUCUGGUAUGCCCCUUGUGCCACCAAGUGGUACAGAAUCAGCAUGGGAACGUGGAUUACGUUCAGCAAAAACUCUUCGUGAACAAUCUAUGCGACGUAAACAACAAGAUAAAGAUUUCAAUGAUAAAAAAUUUAAUUUAACUAUACGUGAUGCACUUGAUGAAAGAGAAGCAGAUGAUAAUCUUUUAAAUAUUGAUCGACCAUCUUUAAUGGAUUACGAUCAAUCUGGAUCGAAUUAUAUUGAUCAACGUGGUUAUUCAGAUAGAUAUCAUCCAUAUAUGUAUUCAAAUUCAUCUAACAAUUCUCACUAUAAUAAUAAUAAUCAUCAUCGAAUGAAUAAUAAUAAUAAUAAUUCUCGACAUAAUCAAAUGUCUUCAACAAAUGAUCAUCUUGCUCGUCGAUCACGGCAUUCCAAUGAUUAUACUGAUUCACGAAAUGAUAAUCGAAAUCGAAAAGAUAAAUUAUCAACAAAAGAUAAUAAAUCAACAUCGAAAAGAGAUGAUGUAUUACCUUAUAAACGUAAUCCAUCUCAACAACAGUAUGUAUCCGGUUCACAUCAUAAUAAUGAUGAACAAUUACAUCCUAAUCCGUACAAUAAUCGACGAGGAGAUGAUUGGCAUGAUCCAUGGGAUAGAUCACGAAAUCAUGGUGGCGGUGGUAGUAAUCGUCGUUCAUCAGGUGGUGGUCGAGAAGUAUCUUAUUCAUCAUCAUCAGCGUCAUCUUCCAGAUCGAGAUCAAGAAGUCGACCAAAACGUCGUUCACCUUCUGUAACACGUGCAACAAAAUCAACACCAACAACAAAAUCAUCCGAAAUGGCUAAAAAUGGCAAUGAUAAAAAAUCCAAUGGAAAUAAAAAAUUAGUCUCACCAUCAGCAACGACAAAUAAAUUUCUUCCUGGUCGACAAAUAUCAAGUCAUACAUUGAAAAAAGCAGAAAAAAGUAGUAUUAGCAGUAAUUCAACAACUAAUAAUCAUUCGAAAGAUCAACGCGGAAAAGAUUCAGAUAUAAAUACAAAAAAACAAUUAAAAAAAGAAAACAUAAAUCGAUCGGAUAGUACUAGUUCAUCAUCAUCAUCGGAUAGCGAUACAAAUCGUGUAACACAUCGAUCGUCUAGUUCAUCAUCGGAUAGUUCAAGUUCAGAAAAUGAUACACGAACAUCAGCUAAAACAAAAACAGCUUCAAGUGGAACUAAAGCAUCAGUUGGUAGUAGCAGUCAUUCAACAAAAUCAGUUAGUCGACAAGUAUCUUCAUCGUCAGGUGGUGCUGGUAGUAAAAAUACAAGUACAAAAUCAAAAACUGAUUCUACAGUUCGAGGAUCAUCGAAAACAAAAGAAUCAGCAUCAACAUCAUCUAAGAAACGACGUGAUACUUCAUCAUCGACAGGUGCAACUAAAAAAACAAAAUUAAAUACGGAUUCUCAUAAAUCAUCAACUGAUGCAAGUAAUGCAGAAAAUUCUGAUUCUAUAAUAAAAGCAUUAGUUUUAAUUAUCUAUUUUGUAUAUUUCUCAAUGUCAAGAUCAUCAUAUAUUCUGAUUGGUCAUCCAUAG